AUUUUUCAUGACGUGUGAGCGAAAGCAAAUUAAGUUUCAGAUCCCAAGUUUUGGGUCAUUGGAAAAAAUUUAAGAGAUCUCGGACGAGCAAACAAGUGCCAUUUUAGCAAAAAAUUUUAUGUCAAUUCACCUUUGUAAUAUCUAACAUUGAUAAACUUUGAAUGUACGCUCCUUAACAGAUCUAAAAUUACUGAUGACAGAAAAUGUCAAAAUUUUCUAUUACUUUAAUAUGACAUCAUAAUUUAUGCAGCAUAAUUGAAUCUAAAAUUUUGUAAAUGUCAAUAUUUGGAGAACGAAAACUUUUUAAGCUCUAUAAUAUAAUUCCAACAUCAUUUUAUACCUCGGCUUCCCUUUAAGUCAUUCCGCUUUAUUUGUUAUUGUCAGUUUACAAUAUUUAUGCGGUUCCACGCAAUUAUUACAAUUUCAAACGAAUCCAGAAAAAACUCUUUCAAAUAAUUUUUCGUUUUUUAUCUUUUAUUUUCAUACUGAAUUGGUAUAAAUUUUCAAAAUCUUGUGUAAACGCAAUCUGUAUAAAUUUCUCUUUUGACUCGGGAUAAUUUGCUCAAGUGUAAACGUAGUAUUAUUAAAGAUUCAGAAAAACUGAUCCACAAAUUGUGGUUAGAGGAAUUAUAUUGCGAAUUUCCUAAUUAUGCUAAUUAUGCAUGACAUCAUAUAUUUGAUAUCAAUGAGAUAAAGCAGUUGGUAAUGUAAAUAUGUUAUCACCUAAUCAGUUUGAUAAUUGGUUCAUAUUAAUACUUAGUUAUCCUAAGUAUCAUUCAUACCAGAAAUUGCUUCUCUGCAUUAAAAUUAUGAUUUUCGCAUAAUUAGCAAAAAUCACAUAAACUGCUGAAGAUUUCUUGUGAAAAAAUUGAUAUACAACUUUCCAAACUUUUUCAUGUGAACCUAACUUUUUUUGUUGCUGGGGGUAAGCUUUAAGAAUUACUUAAGAUAUAUCUAGACAUUGAAAUCGAAUCUUUAUAAAAUAUAGAGAAAGAAAUAAAGUUGACAUAAAAUAUGUGUCUAUGAAAUCAUGAUGUAUUUAAAAGUAAAAAACGUUCCUAACUAAGUCCCUAACUGAAAAAACGCUGUAUUAUAAAUAAAUUUAAGUCUACUAAAUGUAGAUAAAAAAAUUAAAGUUUCUGCCUUCAUAUAGUUAGUACCUUUUAAUUUUCAAUUCAGAAAAAGCUCUUUUUACAUGCCCUUGUUGAAGUAAUCUUUGGUUACUAAUAGAAGAGGGUUGAAAUAAAUGGUGGGUUAAACUUAGACUUAAAAGUAAUCAGUGAGAAGGUUGGACAAGAUGUGUUCUCAAAAAGGUAGCUGGGGAUACGAAAAAAUUAUGUUAUAGCUUUUUUAUACAAGGGAGGUUACUAGUAGGCGUUGCUGGUUUUUCUUGUUUCUUGAGAAAUCAGAAAGUGGAGGCUAAAAACAAUUAAAAAAUUAUUAGCAGGGUUGGUCUGGAACGUCUGUUAGGCAUCAGAGAGUACGUUUUACUUUUACGAGUUAACCUUAUUUUAAAAAAUGAAGAUUGAAGUAAACGAAAUGAUAUAGCAUGAAUGAAAAAUGUUUAUUUUGGCGCAAAUGAAAGAUGUCGUCCAAAUCAAACCAUUCAAUUUUGUUCAUGGUAUCCGAGAUUCACUGGAAUUUGGACUUAACAAGAAAUUCGCCAACAAGGUUGUGCACAAUGUUGGAUUAUGUAUCAUACUCUUUGAUAUUAUCGAGAUUGGUGAUUCUUACAUUCUUCCUGGAGAUGGUUCCUCUCAUACACCUGUGACAUUUCGCUUCAUUGUAUUUCGACCUUUUAUUGAUGAAGUAUUGAUGGGUAAAGUGAAGAGUUGCAGUCGUGAGGGAGUUAGCGUUUCACUUGGCUUUUUUGAUGAUAUUCUCAUCCCGCAUGAGUAUUUACAACAGAAGUCAAAAUUUGUGGAGGCCGAACAACUAUGGGUGUGGGAAUAUGAAACGGAGGAGGGCAACCAUGACUUAUUCAUGGACAUCAACGAGGAGAUAAGAAUUCGCGUAAUUGAUGAAGAAUUUGUUGACCUAACACCAGAAGGCCCUGCCCCACCAUCCACGGGGGAGGGUGAAUCAUCUAUAGCUACGGAACUAAAGAAAUCUCCGUAUACAAUCACAGCUUCGAUUAGCGAAUCCGGACUUGGUUUAUUGUCAUGGUGGAAUUAAGGCGAAAGUCUUUACGAAACGUUUCAAUGUCAUGUGAGCAGAACAUUGUUAAAGAGUGACGUUACAUGGAAAUUCUGCAUGGAAAAAAUGUUGCGUUGAUUUAACAGAAAUUUAAUGUGAUCAGGAGUCACGUGAUAAAAAGUUUUUGAGAACUUUAAAUAUUGUAAAGUUUUUUAAAAAAUGUUAUACGACAAGUUCACAGUAUAACAUAAAGAUUUUUUCCCAUAA